AUAUGCCAAGUUUACUGUCCAGUAAUGCCUGGUUUAGAGGAAGAAAGUAUUUGGUUCGAAACGAGUCCGUCAGCGAGUAGCCUAAUGUCCGAUGGAGUCGCUGCCGAGCAAGUGAAAAAGUUUUUUUUCACGUCUCGACGAUCUGACGAAACAGGACAACAGGACGAAUCACUUGAAAUAUUUAUUCCCGAGAACCGCGAAGCCGUAGUAGGCAAACGAAUCCUCGAACUAGGCUCCGGAACCGCGUUACCCGGUAUCGUCGCUAGUAAGUGUGGAGCACACGUUACCUUAAGUGACGCUGCUAAUUUACCAAAAAACUUGCAGCACAUCAGAAGAAGUUGCGAGUUGAACGGCGUGUUGUCUCAAGUUAAAGUCGUUGGCAUUACUUGGGGUCUCUUUUUAUCAAGUUUAUUGAGCAUCGGUCCACUGGACAUAAUCCUCGGCUCAGACUGUUUCUACGAGCCCACAGUCUUCGAAGACAUUGUAGUAACAGUAGCCUACCUUUUAGAGCGAAAUCCAGGAGCUAAGUUCCUCUGUACCUACCAAGAGCGCAGCUCAGACUGGUCCAUAGAGCACCUGCUCAACAAGUGGGGCCUCACUUGCAACCAAAUAUCUCUAAUAGGCUUAGGAGCCGACGCGGGAAUUACUCUUGAAGAGUUGAUGCAAGAUCACACUAUUCACCUACUGGAUAUCCGUAAAUCCGAUUAA